AUGUCACUCCCUUCCGGUCCAAAGGCUGAACCUCAGUGGCAAUCGCCUGAGAAUACCUUUUCUCGGACAGCGGAGUCUGGAACGGAGCCUGCGUCUGGGGCUGCUAGUUCUUCACGGCGGAAAUCGAGUGUACCCGAGACUCCGCAAAGCCAGAACUGGGAAGAAGAAGCGCCAUCGCCCUCCCCGUCCACAAGCUCGUCCAGACACUAUCCUCCCAGAACAUGCCGUAUCUGCCUUGAAACUGUCUUCCCCACCUUUGAGUCUGUAUCAGAGAAUCUCCCAGAUUUCCUCCAGGCUGCUCCCCGUGUUACAUACGAGUCAGCGGAUCCCGAGCUGGGACGACUCAUUCGACCUUGCAAAUGCAAAGGGUCCUCGAGAUAUGUGCAUGAAGGAUGUUUGAACAUGUGGAGACAUGCGGAUCCGGCAUAUUCUGACAGAAACUAUUGGCAAUGUCCCACAUGUGGCUUUCAGUAUCGUCUGGAGAGAAUGAGAUGGGGGCGAUGGAUCACAAGCACCCCAACCCAGCUGAUCCUCACAGUCGCUAUACUUCUGCUUGCGAUGUUCGUGCUUGGCUUUGUUGCUGACCCCAUAAUAAAGUUUUAUAUUGAUCCGUUUGAUACCAUAUUUUCGCGGUUCUAUGGUUCGGAUGAAGGGGACAACAUUUUCUAUCCUGAAGAGGUUGAGGAUGUCCCCGAGACAUGGACUGAGCACUUUUUCAAGGGCCUUGCUUCUCUUGGAGUAUUAUCAUUUGUCAAGGUUCUAUUUGCUCUUUCCCCAUGGCAGUGGUGGAAUUUGCGGAACUCGGGUCUGGUUGGUGGAGCUCGUAGACCUGCUGCCACUGGCAGGGAUCGAGCGGCCUCAGUUAGUUGGAUAGUUCUCUUAAUCGGGGUUAUAACAUUUCUUUGGGGGGUGUACAAAGGCGUACGGACCUGGAGCCGCAAGGUACUUGAAAAGGCCGGUGACCGAGUUCUAGAUGUCCCAUUAGAAAACGACGAUGAAUCCACCACCACUGCACAUACACCUCCGCAAGAGCUGCUGAAUUCCAAGAAGGAAGAUUGA